CGGCGGCGCAGCAAUGGCGAGACCAUGCCGCGUCACUGCUCCGCCGCCGGCUGCUGCACACGGGAUACGCGGGAGACGCGCAACCGCGGCAUCUCCUUCCACAGACUUCCCAAGAAGGACAACCCGAGACGCGGUUUGUGGCUGGCCAACUGUCAGCGACUGGACCCCAGCGGCCAAGGCUUGUGGGACCCCUCCUCUGAGUACAUCUACUUCUGCUCCAAACACUUCGAGGAGACCUGCUUUGAGCUGGUGGGAAUCAGUGGUUAUCACAGGCUGAAAGAGGGAGCAGUCCCUACCAUAUUUGAGUCUUUCACCAAGUUGCGCAGGACAAACAAAGCCAAAGGGCACUGUUACCCACCUGGUCCACCCGAUGUCAGCCGUCUCCAGCGUUGCAGGAAGCGCUGUUCUGAAGGCAGAGGGCCCACAACUCCCUUUUCUCCGCCUCCUCCUGCGGAUGUCACCUGCUUUCCUGUGGAAGAGGCCUCAGCACCUGCCACUUUGCCUACCUCUCCAGCUGGGAGAUUGGAGCCUGGCCUUAGCAGCCCCUUUUCAGACCUUCUGGGUCCCUUAGGUGCCCAGGCAGAUGAAGCAGGAUGUAGUGCCCAGCCCUCACCAGAGCGGCAGCCCUCUCCUCUGGAGCCACGGCCAGUCUCCCCUUCAGCCUACAUGUUGCGCUUACCACCACCUGCCGGAGCGUACAUCCAGAAUGAGCACAGCUACCAGGUGGGCAGUGCCCUGCUCUGGAAGAGGAGGGCUGAAGCAGCCCUCGAUGCCCUGGAUAAGGCUCAACGCCAGCUACAGGCCUGCAAGCGGCGAGAGCAACGGCUACGUUUACGUCUAACUAAGCUGCAGCAAGAGCGGGCACGGGAGAAACGGGCACAAGCAGAUGCCCGCCAGACUCUGAAGGAGCAUGUGCAUGACUUUGCUAUGCAGCUAAGUAGCAGCAUGGCCUAACAGAGGUGCCAUCCACCGAGGCUUUGACCCUGCCUCACAAUUGCAUAGAAAGGGACUUGAUCUAAACUUACUCAGCAGACCAGCCAGCCAGAUACUAUUAAUAAAGUGGAUUCUAGAAAGAA